UUACUUGCAGGAGAGUAGGAGGGCUGUGUGUUCUUUAAGUUUUUGCAGACCUGCGAGGGGUACUUAUUGCUUAAUUCAUUGCCAGAGUGCCUCCGGCUGCAGGCUGUGUGUGUGUGUGUUUCCCCCUGCCUCUGAAGGGUGGUGAUGUCUGCCUUUAAUAUGGAAAGCUGAUUAAAUAAAAGAUGAGUAACAGUGGUUGCUUUCUUGCAACAUGUUAAAAGCCCUUUGCAGGCUGCCUCCUGCAUCUGCCAACAGAAGGAAAACCAGUCAAUUGGCUCAUCAGCAUCUUGGUACCCAAAUCUGUGGAAUGCAAAAGCUGAAGAAGAUGUCUUGAAAGAAACUAGGUAGAGGUGCUCCCUGUAACGGGACCAGUCCCAGAAUCCUCUCUGCAGCAAACCUCUAAAUGGCUUCCUCAUUGCCUUGAUAAGGAAACUGAGCCAAAACAUCCACAGCCCCAGUUCAUGGUUUACGUCUACGCAUUUCUUUGAGCUAUGGAGGCCGUCGACGUACCCGUAGGGAACCUCAUUGACUUUGACGCUGAACCAUCCACCACCGGCGCCUCCGAAUCGGUUCCCGUGGCGCCGUUCACCAACGGCAACGGGUUACUAGAUCACUUGGAGAACAACGUGGCCGCCGUGGCCGAGGAGAGCGAUGCCACAGAAUCGGCCGACAGCGAAAACGAUACCACGGACUCGCCCACCCACCACAGCUGGAACCACCACCGCCGUUCUUCGUCAGAGUCCUACUCGUCCAAUCAGAGCACAGAGUCCGCCAAGGACGAGGUAAUGGCGGAGCAGCGGGAGUUCAUUCGGCAGUAUGUGGAGAAGAUAUUUACUGGAGGAGAGGAAUUUGACCAAGAGGAGAAGGCCAAGUUUGGAGAACUCUGCAGUGGAGAGAACGCCAAAGGCAGGGAGUGGUUUGCAAGAUAUGUGAGCGCCCAGCGCUGCAAUUCCAAAUGUGUCUCGGAGCAGACCUUCUAUCGACUGGUGCAGUCCUUCGCCGUGGUACUGUUUGAGUGUUACCAGAUGGAUGAUUUCAGCCCAGCGAAGAACCUGAUGACGAUGUGUUUCACCUACUACUACAUCGGUAAGCCACAAGCACUACCCUUGGAUCCCAAGGAGAAGCCAGCUGGAAGCAUUGAUUCCUACCUGAAGUCGGCCAACAGCUGGCUGGCUGAGAAGAAAGACGUUGCAGAACGGCUCCUGAAGAACACGUCGGCAAAGACCGAGAACAUGAAAGGCUUCUUUGGCAGCUUUGAAACAAAGCUGAAGGGACCAACGGCGAGGAGAAAUGAGGAUGGCGAGGAAAAGCCAAAAAUCCAAAAGUCAGUUUCUCUGUACAGUCCUGAAGAGGAGGAAGAAAAGGCCGGAGAGAAGAUCUACCUGUACAUGCACCUGAAGCAGCAGCCCAUCUGGCAUACCCUGAGAUUUUGGAAUGCGGCUUUCUUUGACGCAGUGCACUGUGAGAGGCGGAAGCGGUCUCCCACCACCCGAGGGAAUGCUGGAGAGGAAGAGGAAACGAGGGAGAAAUGGUGCCACAUGACCCAAGAAGAGCGGGAUGAUAGCCUGAGGUUUAAUGAGAAUAUCACCUUUGGACAGCUGGGCACCUUCACUCACAACAUGUUGGCUUUUGGGCUGAACAAGAAGCUCUGCAAUGACUUCUUAAAGAAGCAGGCUGUAAUCGGCAACCUGGAUGAGGAGCAACUCAAGCUCCUGAGUGAUCACAUUGAGCAGAUGGCCACUGAAUAGCAACGUGUCCUGCCUGCUGCAUCCAGGAACCGAAAGACGAAGCCAGUGAAGGUGAAAGGGCCGCCAGCCCGUCUCCGAGUCUACCUGAAACUUAAGUUGGGCUUUCAAAAAAAGAAACAAAAACCAACCAACACUGCAAUAAACCUGCAUGACCAUCAUCCAGUCGUAUAGUUCUGCGCUGUGCAGCCGUAGAUGUAGGCGCCCGGCAGUCGAAGACGUCCACCCUGUUCUGCUGCCUCCUUCCCUAAAGCCUUUUCACACUGACUGACUGACUUGAUAGUGGUCGAGGAGAUCUUCUGCAAUAUAAGGCAGAGGAGAAGUGAGUGAUGGGAGAAUCUGGUGUAUUCGCAGAGGAAGAAGGCUGAGCUUUUGAGAUGCCUCCCCUUCCCUUGGCAUUGCUGCUAAACAUUUCUCGCUAGUUCCCAACACAGUUUAGCAGCGAUUGACUGGAAGGUUUGAAAGGAAAGAUGUGCAGGGGGUGUGUGGAAUGCAGCCUCCCUUGUUGCUUUUAUGGCUCUGGAAGGAUGAACAUCCAAAAGGCCUCCUAGAGGCCCCACAGACAAGGAGGCAGGUACAGAAUUGCCUAGCAGGCUGCAGGCAGGAAAGAGGCGCAAAGUAAGGCAUUAACGGCACUGUUCCUGUAGUGUGGGUGUGAUGCAAGGAGUUCUGAAAUCACAACGAACUUUUCGCCAGGCACUUAGGAUCAAGUGGAUCCUCCCUAGAAAACAGUGGAGGGAAGAAAGGUCUUGGAGUGCCUGGCCAUAUAUUUGGCAGUGUUAAUUCAGCAUAGUAUUGAGUUUCUCUUUUUUGUGUACGGAUCUUCUGGAGCCUUUGCUGUUGUUCUGGGUGGUCAUUUGCAGGAAAUUGCUGUGGGUUGUGGCCACUUCUCAUGUUCUUGUUAAAUAAAAGAUGACCAGCAGGGGUAAAAAAAAACCUCUUGGGAUCCACUAUAAUCCCCUCCACCUUGUCCUGGAGAAGGUGAUUGUGUGUCAUCUGUGCCAGGCUUUGUGAGAAUCCAACCCUUCUUCACGUGACACUUUUAAAUUAGAAAACAAACAUGAGUUGACGUGUUCUGGGUGAUCGUGCCCAGGGAGGCCGCUGAAUUUGGUGCCUCCUGGUAACCAUUUGCUUUCCAAAUGUUUUCCAGAGGAUGUGGUGCAAUAUGCUCCGGGCACUUGCUUUUUUGGGUGUUCACAAGAUUGCUUCAUCAGCCCCAAUUUGUGAUGAAUUGGCCCUGCAAAAAUAAAAAGGGUCAUAUGCAGAUGUGGUCCUUGGGUAAACUCUUGGCAGCCUUUAAGAACCGGCAGGUGAUCUGAAGUGCAGCAAUCCUGGGCUACAAUUGGUUUCUUGCCCCCAGCAAAUCUGUAGCCGUGUACAGUGCAUUUCUGUUUUCUCAGCUGUUGAUUGCCUUUGAGGGGGGAGCGUUGGCGACUGAAGGGCUAAUCUGCUGCUGUGAUUGCUUGUGCGUUGUUUUUUCAGGAACUGCAAAGCCCCCCACCCCCCCUUCCUCUUUCCUGUCGGUUCAGUUUCCAUAUGCCUGCUGCUUCUUUCGUGCCCAGGAGAGGGUGCCAAGAGCAGGUUUGGAAAAGGCUCCUUGCUGUAUUUCGGGUUAACAAUGCUGCUCUGGUUACUCUCUGAUCCAUGGAAAGGCACACUUCACGUUUUCCGUUGCAGACAGAUGGGACUCUGGAUGCUUUCCCUCAUGUUUGAAUCUGGUUGAUAGGCGUGGUGGAAAUGAUUGUGAUUGGCCAGAGUGACCCACUGCAAAACAAACAAACAAACAAGUGGUCACAUUCAUGAAGGCAGACGCCUGAGCUGGUAGUGACUUGUUAACCAUGGCUUCACAAACAAACUGCUCUUCCUACUGUGUGGUGUUGCCCCAGUGAAAGAAGCAGCACCUUCUGGCCAAAUUCUUCCCACUGGGCUGGGCUCUAAGGCACAGAAGCACCUUUCCAGGCUAAGUAGUAGAUUUGACAGAGAAGGGGAGUUCCCUUCAUCCCCCCCUUAGCAACCUACAGGGAUCCUGCCAGGAUCACUUUCCUUUAAAAAAGAAAAAGCCAUUGUGCAGGAGAAUGAGAUUAAUUGCUGCCUCAGGGACCUGCCUUUCCAGUUGCAAAGUAAGCAGAAAGCAGACUCUUAGCCUGUCUAUCCUGAGUGCAGAACAUCCCCCUCUCCAUUCACUCAGGCUCAAGAUACUCCUUGCAGCUUUGCGUUCUCAAGGCUUAUGUGCGAAUGCUCUAUUCAAGCAAUUACUCCUCUGUGUUUUAGCUUUCCAACCUUCCCGCUGUUGUGUUGUGUCUUUUCCUGUGAGAGUCUGUUUUCCAAGAGGACUUCCGUUUGGUCAGCAACCACUAGGCUACUUUGAGCAGUGGUCUAAGCCCCAACCUGGGGAGCCUGAUCACCGGACCGCUGAUGCACCCUCCCUGCAUCUUUCCCCUGUUCCAGAAUCCCAUCGGUAAUACCUGGGAGGGAGGAAAUGUGAACGCAGCGAGGAGGACCCGGUCUUCAUUGGGCGGCUCCCUGUUUUCCCUCCCUGCUGCUUUCCUGAGCUGAUUCAGCUCAGAGAUGAAAGUGGCAGGUAAGGAGGGUCGUGUCAGCCAGAGAAAAUUGGCACUACCUUCUGGCUUGGGUUUUGUUUGUCCUUUGGUCUCUGUCUUGAAAUCCAGGAAGCGGUACUCCUAAUUUGCCAGGGGGGCAUCAUUUGCCAGCCCUUAGAUUGUGCAAGUCAGCCUUGUAAGGUCUGUAAGAAACUUUAUGGCGUUCCUUUAAUGCAGCCUCCUAAUCCUUCUAGUAUCUGAAGAGGCAGAUACUUGACCCUCUGGAGUGCAUCUGGUCUUGCUGAGUACGCUCUGUAAUAUUGCAGUGCAUCCCCGGUGCAAAGUAAUCCUUCCUUUCUUGCAGACAGUUUAGCACAGGAAUGCACAUUUAUUCCUAGCGGGCUGGUGGUUUCUAUUUGCUAGAAGACCUUGCAGUAUUGGAAAGAAGGGAGUGUUUAGUGGGGAAGCAGCACACAAUAUUGUGUGUGUCUGUGGUGUGAUUCCCACCGCCUCAUGGACCUUCUUCCAGUCCAUGCUGGAAGUGACACUUUUGGUCUCUGGGCAAGGCUGAUAGUCCAUUCAUAAUAGGAUAUAAGCAAGAAAGAGAGGGAUUUCUGCUCUGCAGGAAGAGAGUAUCUGCUUUAUCCUGUUUGCAGUACGGUAUGGAAGACAACCCACCCGUUAUUCCCAACCUUGAAGUAGGAAAUAAUACCAAUCAAUAUUACAUGGCAGAGGAGUCCUGCCCCUUUGCUGCGAAGUAAGUCCUAUAGAAAACAAGAGUUGCAAAAUUACAAAAUGAGAAAUACAUGUCGGAUACAGAUUUGAGGCUGCCUAGUGUAAACAUUCCUCGACUUUUCCUCCUUUAUUGGUCGGGGUGUGGAAGAACUUGCAUCUGUAGGGACCCAGGAGCUGACUUGAAGGACCAGGUUGCCUCUGGUAAAUCACUCCUCUGUGUGUUCCCUCUGUUGUGCCCAUGGCAAAGAGGUGACUCUUCCUCCAGCACCAGUUGUGCGCAUAAACACACACCCUUCAACAGCAUGUUGAGCAAUCACGUGCCAAACUGCCCUCUGUACCCACAGCAGAUAGCUCUUCUGCCAGCCACUUCAAGGACGGACAAAAUGCUGCAAUACUUUAAUUCUCUCCCAUGGACCGAGUGAGAAUCGACCCUUACAGGGAGUGGGCGUUGGUUUGAGCAGGCUUUUGCAUGAGUUUCCUUUUUACUCCUAACUGCACUUGCUGAUUCAGUACACAUCCGGAGAAACCGAUAUUGUUUAUCCACCCUGUGAAGGCUGCAGGGACUAUAUUACGCUCCUUCUAUGCAUAUUGUCAAGUGGUGUUUAUACUCUAAUUCCUCCAGGGCUCUUGUAAAAAAGGGAAAAAAGUGCUAAUGUGAAUUUACGUUUUUCCUAAUUACACUGUUGAAUCUUGAGGAGGAAGCCAAUCGUGGAGCCAAAUGGGACCUACUAGGAUCCCAAAUCUCGCUGUUCCAAGCUGGGUCAGUGGAUAUGAAUGUGGUCUACAUGAAACUUGGAUGUAUUCCUUGGGUUUUCCAGGGACUGCUUAUCUUGAGAUGCUGUUUGACUUAGUGUUGAUUCCCAGAAGGAAUUAACUGUUGUGAAAAGUUCUUUUGUACUUCCAGUGUGAAGCUGGUUCAUUGACUGGAAUUAAAAGAUGGGCAUCUGGAAUGGCAAAUUCAUUGUCCUUUUUUGCUCUGUUGAAUCUUUGUUGAUGUGUAAUGUUGAGGGUCUCCCCUCUGUUUUUCCUACCAAGCUCUGAUCCUCUUCCAACACUAGAAAUAUCUAGCAUAUCUCUUAUUUCUCAGCAGAAGUCUAGGAUUCCAUAUAAUAUAAUUAUCAACCAACUGUUUCAGUGUGUCAUCUCCAUGUAAUUAUUAUGUGGAUUUCAUUGGAGUUCAAAAUGCUGUAUUUGACUCUUUAUCUAUUCUAAGAGAUGAAUUUGUUCAAGUUCCGUGCUGCCACGUUCCAGUGUGUUGGGUGCGGGUGUUUGGCAGCUGGCCAUGUUGUACUGAGACUAUGUGACUUCGUAUCUUUUUUGUGGAGUAUUGUUUUUUUUAAAACAUGUAUUUGAGAGCAUUUCAAGUCCUGGUGAUGAAAGGAUUCAGGAAACAAAGAAGUGAAAUAAACCCUUUUUAAAAACCCUGCAA